CACCUACACCUAUCAUAGCAAUCCACCUUCAGUAGCACUGUGGUGAACCACUGGAUAGGGCUGUGGCAGGUCUAGGGUGGACAUGCUCCUUGACCAUUCCCUUGCUUAAGUUUCACUCUCCUCUGACUUUCUCAGUCAGCUGGCACACGCAGCCCUGCAGGCGCUGAAACUUGAGGCCCGGGGCCUUUGUGCACUGGAGUGAAUCUGCAAGGCAGAGAGGAGGCGCUGAUCAGAGCACUGUCAAAUGCCCUCACACAGAGACGAGACGGAACGAGGGAGCAACAGGGAGCAAGCUGGAGCAAGGGAGAUAGCGGGCGAUGGAUCAAGUAUGCUCGUUUUUUUUUUUUGUGUGCCGUUGAAUGACGGUGUCGUGACACAGUUUUGUGAGUUUGUUUUCAAGAUGAGUGUCUCCACUUUGUUUUUAGACCAAUUAGAGAAAUUUAGGAGAGAAUGGACCAGAGUUGUGUGUAAGUACUUCAUUUUGCAUUCUAAUAAAUAUGCCAAAGGAAUCUCAUGUAAAUUACAUUCUGUAAUGUAAGACCUUGCAAACGAUGUGUCUACUAAGUAAUAAAAUUAACAGUUCAGUAAGUGUAAUUAAACAGUUUUAGACAGAAAAAGCAUGUGUUGUGUUGGCCAAUAACACACCUCUUAAUACUAUAUCUUCAAUAAUUACACACAAGAACAACCACAAGCCUAUAUUCUUUGAAUCAUUAAACAGCAUUAUAUUGAAUGAUGGCCAUUUUAAUCCACGUCUCACUCCAUAGGCUCAGUAGUAAUGUAGCUGCGCUGAGUCCAGCCAUUAACAUUUCAUGCCUAUUCUCCAGAGCGACAUUUUACUCCCGCGGUGUGUCUCCGGCUCGCUCUUAGAGUGGGACCCUGCCAGCGGCGGUGCCUUGGCCGUGUGGGGGGGGGGGGGGGAGGGAGAGCAUGACAUCGUCCUCACCGACUCACAGGUGGUGAAGUCCGGCUGGCUCAGGAUGGGAAAGCCUCGUUUGCUGGUGCUGUCUCUGGUGCUUUUACUUGGCCAAAUACCCGGUGCACUUCCAGGUAAAGUCUUGACGUAGCCUGGAUUUCUGUGUUUUGUGUGGCAUGUCUAAGCUGUCUAACUUUUGUGAGGUCAAGCUUGUGUGCAUCUUUUUCAUCAUUUUGUUUUGGUUUAGAAUAACCUCAGACUGUUGCCUCUUUUGAUAGGUGGAAGUAAAAAAGUGGGGCAAAGGGAAGCCAUUUUGAAAGAGCUGCUGUCAAUAUGGCGGCAAGGUGGAGACUGGUAUCCAAGUAAUGGCCAGCCCCGCCCCGCAGACAGGCCUCCGGACCAGCAGGUCCAGGCUGUGAUGCGUAACAUCGUUGGGGGACUCAAAUCUCUGGGCCUGCUAUCCUCGAAAAGCAUUGGCCUCCCCUCCCUUAGCAAGCCCAUAGACCGCCACCGGCUCUCAGGGUUUCUGUACAACAUCUCCACGUACCUCCAGGAGAUGGGGGCCGAACUGGAGGAGAGACAGCCGGCCUUCAAAGAGGAACAGUUCUGGGAGAAGAUCCUCUACUCCUUGCUGCAGGCGGAAGAGGGCGGCCCGUACGGGCCAUGGGAUAGUAGGGUGCCUCCCAGGCCUAGCUUCAGACUACAGGACCUCUUCCUGUCCCUUAGGGGCAGCCCACACUGGGAUGGCCUGCUGGGAUUGGUCCAGAGCAUCCAGCACCUGUCUGAGUGGCAACCCCAGCGGCCAAUCCUAGCGUUUGUGUCUCAGAACUGGAAGACGAUCAGUGCGCUGUUGGACGUGGCGCUGCAGGCCGUGGUGAGCGGGACAUAUGGGCAGGCCAGUGCGGGGCUCCAGGGCUUCAUCUGCCUCCUGCGGGGCCGCCAGGACUGCGGCUUCAGCACCGGCUGGCUGGAGCAGCUCAUGGGCUUCCUGGAGACGCGCAAAUGGAAGCCGUUACUCAGCCUCCACCCAUCGGGCGAUCCCAGAGAAGGAGCCGGCGGCGGAGCGGGGGCCGUCAGCGGGAGUAGCGGUCGCCUGAGGCCCUUCAGCCUCCCCCCGGAGGCGCUGCAGAACCAGAGCCUGUCGGACCUGGAGGAGCUGGACUCCGUGCAGGCGCUCCUGCUGCAGGCUCUGUCCCGGUCGGCGGCUGGGGAGAGGGCGGCGGCUCAGCUGGCCCAGAGGAACCCGGCGCUUCUGCAGGGCCUGGACGGGCUGAGGAGGGGGCUGCUGCACCGGGUGGGCAGCUCUGUGUACGGAAGUCUGCGCAGGAAGGUGUCACGUGUUACCAUGGCGCUGCUGGAUGAUGUCAGCAGUGUGGUUGGCGUACCCCAGCCGAACCGCCACGGGAGAUGCAUAGUGGGUGACCUAAGGCAGCUCAUUCUGUGGGGUAUCAGACACAACCUGACCUGGAAUGCCCAGGCUCUGGGCUUCACGUCUCAGGGCCUUCCCAGCCGGCCCCCCUUCAUGUCCUGUGCUCCAGUCGGGGAGGACAGCGCUGCCUCCUCACCCCGCUCCUCCUCCUCUACCCCACCCCCCUCCCGCAGGUCAAGACUCCUCCCCCAGCCCGAGGAACCCGAGACGACCCCAGAGGCGACCCCUGACCCCUCGACUUCGGAGGAGAUCCUAGAGGCCGCCUGCAACGACUCCAUCCCAGGCCUGACGGGCGUGUCCAACUUCACCGUCUUCCUCUACUGCAACCUCUUCACGGGGUCCCUGGAUUCCCCCGGGGAGCUCGGGGGCCCGGACUUCCACGCCACCUGCUCGGAUGCAGCCUGGUACCUCUCGGUGGCUGAGGUGGACUUCCUGUGGGUGCAGGUCUGCAGCGAGUUCUUUGCGCACGAGUUCAACAACACCGUUUGUGCCAACUCCUCGUUCUGGGUCCACAGAGCACAACAGGCUGCGCUUACUAAGGACUACCAGUACUUGAACCAGUCCAUCAUCACGGAGCUCUGUGUGCAGCUGACUGAGGACACUACAGGAGGCCCUGCCCCGGAUGCCAGUCAAGACUGCCUGGCAAUGUUGGGCAGCUCUUUCAUGAAUGCCCACGAUUUCAGGAGGUGCUUCUUUCCCAACGAGUCCGCUCUCAUUCUCUCCCUGUGUGGGAAUGGGUCGUCGUCACCUUCCCAUGACGAUAGGUCGUGGAAAUCGGAAUACUGCUCGCGCGUCCUGAACACCACUCAAACGCUCCUGGCUCGCCUCUGUGACUACAGGAGCUGGGACACCCCGGAGUUUGCCAACGCCUCGUUGCUGGAGCUCUGCGUCCACACUCCAGGCCUGCAGGAUUACAUGUGCACCAAUGCCACCCUCUACACCGAGCUUCUCCACACCCGCCCCUCUCUCCUGCUGGGCCUCUGCCUGGGACGGGCGGAGGGAGAUGAGGAGGAGGAGGAGGAGGGCAGCGAAGAGCAAGGAGCCAAGCUGGGCGGCCCCUGCGCGCUCCAGCAGUUCUUCGACCUGCUCCCGGCACCGUACGCGUUCGACACGUCGCAGCUGUGCGCCGACCCGGCGCCGCUGGUCCUGGAGGCGCUGCAGAGCCUGAGCCGCUGCGACGGGGCGGUGGACGAGCGCGUGAGCUGGCUGGCCAACGUGGGCUAUGUGCUGCGCGUGCUGGACUUCGUGGUGGGCCUCUCGGCCAGCCUGGAGGAGGGCGAGCGGGAGGUCAGGCAGGGUCUGGGCCAGGCCAUCCUGCUCUCCAGCCUGCUGGACAACAGCUCGUUCUGGGCCACACUGAGGCCCGACGCCUCCCUGAGCGUGCUCCACACCGUGGGAGUCUUCCUGAGGAAGGAGCAGAACUCGGCUGUCAAGGAGGACCUGCUUAGCUGCUACAGUCCUGUACUGUGGGAUCUGAUCCAGAGACAAGGCAACUCCUCUGCACUCAGAGUCCUUAUUCAGGAGUAUCUGAAGAUGCCAAGAGAGAGCAUCCAUAUGCUGGUGAUGUCUGCUGAGAAGGAUGCCGUGAAGAGGUUCCUGUCUCAUGUGCAUCAGAGCUGGGACCAGCUGGAUGUGGAGAUCAAGGCAUCCCCAACAGACCAGCAGGCUAUGGAGAGCAUGACGGCCGCUUUCAUCCAGAAGUUUCCACGAGUGACCCCUGACCUUUUUGUUGACCUCUCCCAGUUCAUUCCCUUCAUGUCCGUCUCUGACAUCAUGAGCUUCCCUGCCUCUCUGAUGGUCAAUGACAGUGUGCUGCUGGCGAUCCGGGAGCACAGCUCGGUGAUGAAGUCCCCUCAGAAGCAGGCGUUUGUCAAGCGCCUGCUCCAGGCUCCCGUGGCCGGGGACGUGGCCUCCUGGCCCCACUACUUCCUCACCUCCAUCCUGCCUUUGCUCCCCCACCUUCCCAUCAGCUACUUCCAGCAGCUCACCGCACAGCAGCUCGGCCCUCUGAUGGAGCUGCUGGGGAACGCCAGCCUGGACGCCACUAGAGGGCACCAUGUUCUCAGGACCGUCUACCCCAAGAAGAGGAACCUCACCAACGAGACCCUCCUCAGGUUGGGGGUAUUGGUGUGUUACCUGAGUCCUGAGGACCUGAAGCCGUUCCUCUCGUCCCCUCCCCCUGUGCUGUGGCAGCAGCUGGCCUCCUGUGUGAAUGAUGGACUGCUAGCGUCCGACGGGAGACUGUCCCAUUGGCUGGACUUGGCGCUAGGGUCGCUGAAUGCCAGUGCUCUGGCGCCAGCUGUGUUGGCAUCUCUGCAGGGCCUGUUGCCCCAGCUGGGGGCUGAGUUCCUCAUGCCCCUCUCUUCAGCUGAGCUGCUGCAGCUUCUAACUCAGCCCCAGAUACCCACAUACUCACCCGCACAGGCGUUCCAAAUACUGGAGCGGAUUUCUGAAGACACGAAUCUCAGCGGGAGUGUGCUGUGCCGGCUCAGACCCCUGCUCUCAGGUCUGUCUGCAGGCGUCCUGAGGGACGUGUUGGGGCCAGAGGGGGAGCUGCUGGGGGAGGGGGAAUGCCAAUGCUGGCGCCCCCUACUGGUCACCCUGCGCCCUGCACACAGAGCCCUGCUUCAAACAGCCCUCUGGGAGGGGCUGGACAGACGAUCUGCAAACAUGUCUCUGCACCUGCGCUGUCUUCUGCCCUACGUCCCCUUGAAGAGACUCAUGAUGGGGCUGGACGGAGAAGCUAUCCUGACUCACCUGAACCUUUACAGGGACUUGCCUUGGUCCCCACAACAGACUCAGCUGCUCUUUAGAAGGCUCCAUCAAGUUGAGAACAUUACAUUGGAAAGUGUACGAACUCUGGGCCGUAUUGCUGGAGGAAUGAGCUGUGAUUGGCUGAUGCUCUGGACCAAUGACACCGGCUUCUCUGAGUUGUUGCAGUUUGUCAGCAAGUUGCCAGGACAACUGAGGCCAGCUUUGAGAAAGUGUAUGGUGGAGGGGUUGCGAAGAAGACCAGAGCUGGAUCUCAAUGAGCUGGACUCUUCCUUCUCUGGAACACUGCCGAUGAGGAUGCUCGACAGCCUCUCCAACACCAGCCUCUUUGCCAUCCUGGAGCACAUACGCCACAACUUCACCCACUUCCUCCAGCUGGCUCGGCACAGGCAGAUGGCCCUCGCCGAGAAAGCGGUUGACGUGCUUGGCAUCUCCCAGCAGGGCCUGUCUGGCUCUUCUCUGGACCUGCUGGGGCCGCUGCUGCCCUUCCUAGACCGAGACACGCUGCGCCUGGUGGACAGGGAGGCCCUGAGGCUGCGUCUGGAGGAGCUGAAGGGCUACUGUGUGCCUCGGGACAGCCUCCGAGACAUGGCCUCACUCCUCACCGACAAGGCCCUGCUAGGGGAGCCGGGUUCCUGGAACGUGGAAGACGUGGAGCAUGUUGGCAGACUGGUUUUCGCUCUGUCUCUGAAGCAGAUACGCAAUCUUCCUCUGAACCAGCUGGGUGUUGAGGUGGUCGAGCAGACCUUGCAGAGCCAGAGGCAUUGGGAGGAGAGUGAGGUGGGCCGGGCCUGUGGACCGCCCCCGUCCCUCAGAGACAAGAUCCAGACCUUCAUCCACAAGAUCAUCAAAGGCAGACGCAAGAGGCAGAGAGAGCCCGUGCCAACCUGCGCUGACAUCAAGGGCACCUUCCCCUCAGCCUGGCAGACCUCCCAGUACCAGCGCAUGGCGGACAGAGAGCUGCAGCAGUGCGUGGAGUUUGUGGGUCGAGACCCGGCGCUCAGCUCAGACCAGCGCUGGACGCUGUGGUCCAAACUCAGGCAGGCCUACAGACCAGUGCGAGCAAUGCGGCCUGAGCAGGUGCUGCAGCUGGGGUCAAUCGUCACAGAACUGGGCGAGAGAGAGCUGCAGGCCCUGGACCUCUCUGACCUGGGAGUGGUGGCCAACCUCGGCAGCCUGGAGGGAUGGAGCACAAAGAAAAUGAGGGCUGCUUUGCUUGGGAUCUUGCGGCGCCGUGGACAGAGGCCAGAGCAGCUUGGAGUGGCAGAGCUGGCAUCGCUUGGUCAUCUUAUCUGCGGAUUUAGCCUUCCUGAUAUUGGCCGUGUGGACCCAUACAAUCUUAGCCUGGCGGUGCUGUUCCUGAGGGAGUUGGCUCUGCCAUGCUCUGAGCCGCAGCUGGAGGCCCUCGUAUCACGGCUGGCCAGCCCUCACGCCUUUGGGUCUGUCAGCGGAUGGACCUCUGACGUCUUCACAGAAAUCGGCACCUUGGCAGUGGGACUGGAGGACAUGUUGAUGUCUGCUCUGGUGAAGGAACAGAUCCAGGGCCUCACACCCGCUGCCAUUGCCCUCAUCCCACCCCACAAACUGGCUGUGGUGCUGAGUGCGGCCCAGCUGGCUUGGUUUGGCCCGAAGCAGGCCUCUGCUGUCACAGAGGAGCAGUGGAACGAGCUGGACAGCCAGCAGAAGCAGGCCCUGAACCUGGCGCUGUACGAGGGAGACGUCAACCUGGAGCACCGAGGUCGUAAUGGAGGAGCUUCGGGAUGGCCUACUGGCAGCUUUACUGUGUGCUUACUGUCCCUGUAUUGUACUUUAUGGCAUCUACUGUAAAAAAAGAUCACAACUAUUUAU